AUGUGCCGAACACCCCGCUACCUUCAUAUCUGCCCUUGCGUCAACCCUGCCUGCCCUCGCCGGAACCAGAACCCUAUUACAGAAAGAGCGAUCCGUCCCGGUGAAGGGCAUGUCAUCGAGUGUGAAGUCGAGCCACAGACCUGGGACUACUGCGACAGAUGGUUUUAUGAGCAGCCCUACGAAGUUGUCCUCAACGCUUUCACCGACCCCAAGGAUUUCUGCCCUUACUUCCGAUGGAAUGACAUGAAGCAGACAGAACCGCUUUGCGAUGAAUGCCUUGUAGAAACAGCUCGACUCAAGGCCGAAAAGCUUGCAACACUGCGUGCCCGUUGGAAGGACCCCCGGGUUGCGGUACCUUACGAGUUCAUGCCGCCACAUCUGAGAGACGCAGAACCCCAAGGAUCUCAAGCUCGGCGCCGGAAUGCUAACCAUGCUAACUCUGCUUCAAGCAGCAGCAGCACUUCCAAUAGCAGUGCCAGCAACAAGACUUUGGUUGGUAGCUGGAGACAAAGGUCAACCCUGAAUCCCAUGGCUCCAGCUUUCCAAUACCCUUACAUGACCGCCCCAAUCUACCACCACCCUCCCCCUCGCUUCAUAAACCGCCCAACUGGGCAUGAGACCCGUCAAAGCCUGGAAGAGCAGAUCAAGUAUCUUGAUCAGCAAAUAGGAAGCCUGGAAACCCUCCAAGAGAGGCCCAACCCUCCUCCAAAGAAUGGAUUCAGAACUUUUGGUGUUGUCAACAACCCCUACGAUCACGUGGGUAAAUCAGGUAAACCUGCAAUCACGGUUGAUACUUCAAUUCCUCGCACCACGCCCUAUGGUGCCAUUGGAUCGGAACGAGCAGCAGCACGGUCUGGCAAUGCUACCGGAAACUCCAGCAACCUUUCAAAUGUGCUAACGAGCUCUGAAGCCCCCAAUACCAACCCUUUUGGAUCCUCCCGCAACUUUUUGCAGAAGACAGUGCCUGGAACAGUCUUUCCUCGGCCCCCUCAUCCGCCGGGAGCCAUAGGGCAGGAGGUGCACAGCGUGAGCUGGCUUUCAAGACACAGUGAAGCUGACAAUAGUUCCGCCCCAGCUUCUAACCCAUUUGGUGUGAUUGGACAGCCAAGAAGACAACAGUAG